CGCCGCGGGCCCCGAGGCGCCGCCGCCAUGCACGACGCCUUCGAGCAUGUGCCGAUCCUGGAGAAGCUGCCGCUGCAGAUCGACUGCCUGGCGGCCUGGGAGGAAUGGCUUCUUGUUGGUACCAAACAAGGGCAUCUUCUUCUUUACAGGAUCAAGAAAGACGUAGGUUGCAAUAGGUUUGAAGUGACACUAGAGAAAUCCAACAAAAACUUCUCAAAAAAGAUUCAACAGAUUCAUGUUGUUUCCCAGUUUAAAAUUCUGGUCAGUCUGUUAGAGAAUAACAUUUAUGUCCAUGACCUGUUGACAUUUCAACAAAUCACUACAGUUUCCAAGGCAAAAGGUGCAUCUCUCUUCACUUGUGAUCUUCAGCAUUCAGGUACAGGGGAAGAGGUGCUGAGAAUGUGUGUGGCGGUACGGAAGAAGCUACAGCUUUAUUUUUGGAAAGAUAGAGAAUUUCAUGAACUACAGGGUGACCUCAGUGUACCUGAUGUACCCAAGUCUAUGGCCUGGUGUGAAAACUCCAUCUGUGUCGGUUUCAAGAGGGACUAUUAUCUGAUACGGGUGGAUGGAAGAGGAUCCAUCAAAGAACUGUUUCCUACAGGCAAGCAGCUAGAACCUUUGGUAGCCCCUGUAGCAGAUGGAAAAGUUGCAGUUGGCCAAGAUGAUCUAACUGUAGUGCUAAAUGAAGACGGGAUCUGUACACAGAAAUGUGCCUUGAACUGGACAGAUAUUCCUAUAGCCAUGGAACACCAGCCUCCCUACAUUAUUGCUGUUCUGCCAAGGUAUGUGGAGAUUCGCACUUUUGAGCCUCGGUUGCUGGUACAGAGUAUUGAGCUGCAGAGACCACGCUUCAUCACCUCUGGAGGCACGAAUAUUAUAUAUGUGGCAAGUAAUCACUUUGUUUGGCGACUCAUUCCAGUCUCCAUAGCAACGCAGAUUCAACAACUUCUACAAGACAAGCAGUUUGAGUUGGCUUUGCAGUUGGCAGAAAUGAAAGAUGAUUCGGACAGUGAGAAGCGACAACAAAUUCAUCACAUUAAGAACCUCUUUGCCUUCAACCUUUUUUGCCAGAAGCGUUUUGAUGAAUCCAUGCAAGUUUUUGCCAAGCUUGGUACAGAUCCCACUCAUGUGAUGGGUCUGUACCCUGACCUCCUGCCCACAGAUUACAGGAAACAGCUACAGUAUCCCAACCCCCUGCCAGGGCUCUCUGGGGCAGAGCUGGAGAAGGCACAUUUAGCUCUCAUAGACUACCUAACUCAAAAAAGAAGUCAACUGGUAAAAAAGCUAAAUGAUUCUGACCAUCAGUCCAGUACCUCACCCCUCAUGGAAGGAACACCUACGAUCAAAUCCAAAAAGAAGCUGCUACAAAUUAUUGAUACCACCCUGUUGAAGUGUUACCUCCAUACCAAUGUAGCGCUGGUGGCGCCAUUGCUACGUCUGGAAAACAAUCACUGCCAUAUUGAAGAGAGUGAGCAUGUACUAAAGAAGGCACACAAAUAUAGCGAGCUGAUAAUACUGUAUGAGAAGAAGGGUCUGCAUGAAAAAGCGUUACAGGUGCUAGUUGAUCAGUCGAAGAAAGCCAACUCACCUUUGAAAGGUCAUGAGAGAACGGUGCAAUAUCUGCAGCAUUUGGGCACAGAGAACUUGCACUUGGUAUUCUCCUACUCCAUCUGGGUGCUGAGAGAUUUUCCAGAAGAUGGGUUGAAGAUAUUUACGGAAGACCUCCCUGAAGUGGAAGCUUUGCCAAGAGACAAAGUGCUUGGUUUCUUGAUAGAAAAUUUUAAGAGCUUGGCUAUUCCUUAUCUGGAACACAUCAUUCAUAUCUGGGAAGAAACUGGUGCAGACUUUCACAACUGUCUCAUCCAGCUGUACUGUGAGAAGGUGCAGGGCUUAAUGAAAGAAUAUCUCAGUUCUCUCCCUGCAGAUAAAACACCUGUGGCUGCCGGGGAGGAAGGAGGAGAUUUGGGAGAGUACAGGAAAAAGCUGCUACUUUUUCUUGAGAAGUCUAGCUGGUAUGAACCUGGUCGACUAAUUAGUGACUUCCCCUUUGAUGGUCUCCUAGAAGAACGUGCUCUGCUCUUGGGUCGUAUGGGAAAGCAUGAGCAAGCUCUCUUUAUUUAUGUUCAUAUUUUGAAGGACACCAAAAUGGCUGAAAAUUACUGCCAUAAACAUUAUGACAGAAACAAAGAUGGCAACAAAGAUGUCUAUCUGUCUCUACUCCGGAUGUAUCUCUCUCCACCUAGUGUUCAUUGCCUGGGGCCAAUCAAGAUGGAAGUGUUGGAGCCUCAAGCCAAUCUGCAGGCUGCUCUGCAAGUUUUGGAGCUACAUCAUAGUAAACUGGAUACCACCAAGGCAAUAAACCUACUUCCAGCAAACACACAGAUUAGUGAGAUUCGAAUCUUCCUAGAGAAAGUCCUUGAAGAAAAUGCCCAGAAGAGAAGAUUUAAUCAAGUACUCAAGAAUCUUCUCCAUGCUGAGUUUCUAAGGGUCCAGGAAGAGCGGAUCUUGCAUCAGCAAGUGAAGUGCAUUAUUACAGAGGAGAAGGUGUGCACUGUAUGUAAAAAGAAGAUUGGUAACAGUGCAUUUGCCCGAUACCCUAAUGCAAUAGUUGUGCAUUAUUUCUGCUCCAAAGAAGUCAACACAGCGGACACUUGACCUGGUUGCCAAGGUCAAUAAUUACAACAUUCAUAUGAAAUUCAGAAGUGAAGACUAAAGAAGCUGAUGCCUCUGAGAUUUUGAGGCUUGUUGCUAGGUUGUCCUACAUUGCGUAGAAGUCAUUUGUAUCUGUGGACUGACUCUACUUACUGGCUGGCGAUAUUGACUUAGGAGAAAAUGACUUUUUUUUUAAACCAUAUCAUUAUAGUGCUGGCGACUACCUGGAACCUCUCAAUACUCAGAUGCAGAAGAAAGGAAACUGACCAGCAGUGAGCUUUUAUUGCACUCCAACCUUGCAAAUGAGUUGUCAGACAACUGUAAGGUGUUCACCAGAAGUCAAGUUUUACUAUAAACCUUUCCUUCUUUUAAGGUAAAAAUUCUGUGAUUUGGCCUUGUAUGUAAAUAGUUCUAAUGUUCUUCAAAAAGCCAAGUCCUUUAAAGUCUUUGCAGCUGUAUUGGCAUUACAUGGAGAUCACAAGGUGUUAAAGAUGCAGAAGGCUAUUGUGCCUAUUUCUAGAACUAGUAAUUUAAUUUUACCUUCAUUCUAAUAAGGGGAAUAUCUAGAUGCUGGCCAAAGGAAUGCUUUUCUUGGUGUUUGGUGUGUUAUCACCCGACCUCCUGAUAAACAGAAGUUUCACAGGAGGUAGCCAGGCAAACAGCAGGUACCACUGGUAAGCAUUAAUUUUUUUCCUCUUUAGUUUGACAGCUGUAAACAAAAUUAACUUGUGUGCUGUUUGCACUGGUCACUCUUAGUAUAAAUGGAAGCUCAAAGACUAUUCUGAGAAGCAGCUUACAUCUGCACUCAUACCAAAAAGCAAAGAACCCGUAAGCAGCCUCUGAAGGGACUGAAAUAGCUAUUGCUUGAGCUUCUAGACUAUACUUGAGAUACAUGUGUAUAUAAAGUUCUUCAGUCUCUGGUUCACUUUCCAGCAUUGAAUUAAAUGCAGACUAUUUCAAUGUCUCUAUUUUAAAUGCUUUAGAACAACCCUGUUCUGCUCAGGCUGGUACUGCUCUUAAAUUACACUUGGGCCAGAAGUCUUUAACUACAAAAACUGGAUUGUAGCAUACUCCUUAUAGGCUGUAAUAUUUUUGUCUAAUUUAUUUUUCCACAAACUUUAAUCUAUAGCAAAUUGGUAUUAGGGAUAUUAAAAUGUUUAGCUGGUGCAGAAGGAGUCUUAUCAGCAGUAAUGAAAGGCAGCAGUAGCAAAUAGACCAAUAAAUUGGAUCUUGGACACCAAAAUCCUAGCCUAGCAAUACUUUAUUAAUAAAUGUGUAAUUAUUAAGCCAUGUGGAGCGCAUGGCAUGUAACUACCAGGUACCACUUCUUAGUUAUUAAGUAAAGGAAUAAAGCCUGUCUGCCUAAGGUGUAAUGGGAUCUCAGUAACUUCACAGGUUUACUUAAGCCUUUGUUACAUAGCACUUUCCAAGGAACAGAUCUGCUGUAGGCUGAUCCUUAUUCACCUUUGUCACCAGUGGCAGAUUCUGCAAACUGCAGAUGUACAGUGUGUUAGCUUUACCCCUUCAGUUAAUACUUGCCCUGGAUACUUGUAUGUGUUUUUCCUUUCCACAUGUGCUUAUAUAUAUUGUUACAUGCCAUGAAUUCUUAUGGAUUCCUUGGUCUGGUGUUUUGCUACUUCUGCGCUUGGAUGUCACAGGCAGUACUGCUACUGAUGCCUUUCUGCAGAGGCUGGGUAGAGGGAAUCUACGGUGUUAAUGUUUUUAACCUUGUAUUUCUUCUAUUUGAAGAAGAGAGCCUAAAGAACACUUGUAUUCAAUUUGCACAUUCUGUAUAGAUCUUUAUAUACUAGUUUAGGUACAGAGGGAAGAUGAUUUGGGAGAGUUGUGUUUACAGAUCAUUGAGAAUGAAAGAAGGGUAUUUAUCAAGGCCCUGUAUUCUUUAUAUACAGAUAUAACAGUAUUGCUCUGAUUUUUAUCUAUCUUAUGUUUAGUACUGUUAGUCAGAUUUUUAUUUAAUUUCAUUGUCUGCUACCAGGAAAAAUGUAGUCACAUAUGAGGAUCUUCAUUGUACUCUUCUUUCACAGUUAAGGUUGUGCCUCUGUUCACCUUCAUUGCAUACCUUUUGCAGAGAUGUGGUUUGUGCUGUAACUUUUGUUUCUUAAAAUGCGGUUUGGAUUUACUAAUAAUACAGCAGGUUUGUCUAAAGCAAUAUAUUGUAAUAAAUAUUGUGAACCAG